AUGGCAUAUGCACUCAGUUGCAAUCCACCGCAAGACGUGGAGCAACCCCGGACUUGUAUAGGGAAAGCGAUGACCAUUUCCGGACAGUCAAGUUGCGGUCUAACUCGACGCUCCCUAAAGGCUUGGAUCCUUGCUCGUUCUCUGGAGCUGUUCGAACGCCGCAAAGAUAUCCCAGCGGAAUCAGAUUGCAACGAGAGGCGCCGUUCUGCCAACCAGAUGCUCAAGCAAACUCUACGCAAGGAUCGUGAGAGAUGGUGGCCCGAGCGAGUUUUAGAGAUGGAGACCGCUGCCCUCUCUGGCAACACUCGCAGGCUAUUCCAACUCAUUCGGUCCACUGGCCUCAGGAAUCCUGGUGUCAGGGAGGUCAUUUGUGAGGUGAUCCACCGAUCCGAUCACCAACCAACAGAGGCGUAUGGACCGCUGGGCCGAGCACUUUCAAUCGCAGUUCAACUGACCACCACCAGCCAACAGUACAUUCAAUACACAUUGUUGUCCACCCUGGCUCGUCCCACUGAAUCCACCCAGCGAAGCGGAAGUCUGCCUCGAGAUUCGACGCUUGAAGCGGUUCAAAGCUGCCGGCUCAGACGAACUUCCUCCGGAGCUGUUCAAGUACGGCAGCGUGGCGAUCAAUAA